AUGUGUUCGAUUUAUCUACAGGAUUCUGAUAAAAAUAGCUUCAAGUUCAAGGUCAUCACCACCUUGAAGGAUAGAGUCUUUAUAUUUUCAUCAGAGACUUUAGAUGACUGCAUAAAAUGGGCGAGUGUUCUAAUGGCUGCAAUAACUGAAUACAAAAAAUCGUUAGGUAAUGGUGAAGAACUACCUCCAGAUAAGCCAGAUAAGGAGGGUUUUAUCAAGUUUGGCAAUUUGAAGAAGUACUAUGUGACAAUCACUGGCAAAACUCUCUGCUACUACCAGUCCUUUGAGGAUUAUCAGCUGGGAUCUCCAACUCAUGAAAUCGACAUGAAGCUCUGCUCCGUCAAGGUCAAAGAUCACAGGAAAUUGCAGCUGUGGAUUCAUUAUGGCCAGUUUGACUUGACAUUUGAAAGCGAGCAGGAGAUGCAGCAAUGGAGGAUGGCCAUGGAAGAUGCUAUUGCCGAAGGCUUGGCUGAUGACACGGUGCUGAACAAAGUCUAUGAGAACUUGAGUAACCACAACUGUGCAGACUGCAAUGCAGACAAUCCUCACUGGGCUUCAAUCAACCUGGGAAUCGUUGUGUGCAAGAACUGUGCAGGCGUACAUCGCAUGUUUGAUUACAGGAUCUCUAAAAUUCGAUCACUGAGGAUGGACACUCGGGUGUGGACUCCCAGUCUUAUUGAGAUCAUGAUCACAAUAGGAAAUGCCAAUUCCAAUGCAUUCUGGGAGUUUGAUGUUCCCCAAGGUGCCAGAAUCCUGCCUACAGACACCAUGGACAAGAGAAAAGAGUACAUUGUGAAAAAAUACAAGAACAAACAAUUCUGCAACCUACACCCUUUGGCAAACUGUGGACCAGCA